AUGGCUGUGAUCACUGAACUUUUCGAGAACCCCUAUGUGCUACAGGGCCUAGCAGCGGCCAUAUUCCUUGUGUAUGUCUCUCAUUUCUUGAGAGAUCUCUCCGAUGGCCUUCCAUACAAAAACAUCCCCCUCGUGGGGAAGAGUCGCUGGGCGCUGUCAAACACAAAGGCCAAAGAGCGUUUUGUCAAUUCGGCCAACGAACUGAUCCAACAGGGCUUCGCUCAGGGAAAAAGCGCUUUCCAGGCCAUGUUCUCUCAUAGUCUGAUGAUUGUUUUACAUCCCCGUCUCAUGAACGAAGUCAAGAGUCACCCGCAUCUCAGCUUUGACGAGGCCACUAAGAGGUUAUUCUUUGGAGGCCAGUUCCCGGGUUUUGAGGUUUUUGAGGGACAGGACAAAGAUCAUAUCAUGCUGAACAUUAUCAACAAGAAAAUCACCCACACCCUUGGUCAACAAACCGUUCCUCUCUCAAAAGAGACUGCCUCUUUGCUGGAGGACACGUUUUCCGAAUCGGAUGAAUGGCAACCCUUUGUAUUCGCAAAGGAAAUCCCGCACAUGGUGGCUAGACUGUCGUCGCUUGUAUUCAUGGGCGAGGAGAUUUGCCAUAACAAGGAAUGGCUCGACGUAUCGGUCAACUAUACCAUCGAUUCAUUUGUUGCUGCUCGCGAACUUCGACUUUGGCCCGCCGCCCUCCGCCAUGUGGUGCAUUGGUUUCUUCCUUCGGCCCGGAAAAUGCGAAAUGACAUGAGGAUUGCCCGUCGUAUCGUCCAAGGAGAGAUCGAGAAGCGCAGACUGAUCCGCGAAGGCAAACUCCCAGGAAAGGGUGAAAAGACACACCCGGAUGUACUGGACUGGAUUGAAGAAGCUGCCGCCGGACGCCCCUUCAACGAGACUCGUGCCCAAGUUGGACUUGCUUUGGCUGCCAUACACACUACGUCGAAUAUGUUGACCAAUGUGCUGUACGACUUGACCGCUUACUCGGAGCACAUCCAGCCUCUACGUGAUGAGAUCAAGGCGGUUCUGGAAGAAGACGGCGGCCUGAAGAAAACCAGCCUGGUUAAGAUGAAGCUGCUUGACAGUGUCAUGAAAGAAACUCAGCGGAUGAACCCGGCAGGAAUGACCUCGAUUAACCGUGUUGCUAUAAAGGAUGUUCCGCUCUCGGACGGAACGGUUAUCCCCAAGGGUGCCGGCGUGGUAGUUUCAGGCCACAUCAUGCGGGACGACUCAGUGUACCCUGAUGCGCAGAGAUACGACGGCUACCGCUUCUACAACAAGCGCCAGGAGCCCGGCCACGAGCAUCGCCACCAGUUUGUAACGACAACUCCGGAACAUUUCGGAUUCGGGCACGGGCAGCAUGCUUGUCCCGGACGGUUCUUUGCGGCCAAUGAGAUCAAGAUCUUCCUUGUCCACUUGCUUGUGAAGUACGACUGGAAAUUUGUCGAGCAACAGGGUCGACCUAAGAACAUCCUUCAUGGCACCGAGAACAUUUGCGAUCGAAACGUCAAGUUCCUUUUCAAGCCGCGACAGCCGGAGAUUGACCUCGCUUUGCUUGGGGAGGGGAAAGCCGAGUGA